UGGUAGUACCGUAGUUCACUGUGGCUAAUGCUUGCGCCCCACUGAAAACUGUCUGCCCGAAACAGGGGGCGGACCGGGAUAGCAAGUCUACACAAAACCAAAACAGUGAUACACUGACCUCUGAAUCGGCAACACUUUUUUUUGUUAUUCAGAAAACGCUAUUGUGGUUGCCCGAUCACGGUCAUAUCGAAGGCGCACCCAAUCCAAGGCGGCGUGGAAGGAAACGAGAAGGAGACACAUCUGGGAAAAAAGAGGGCACGAGAAGUGACAAACUUAGCCACAGGUAGCUGUCGUGUCAAAGAUAUCAAAGUGCAGGCGGGUCAUGCGGAUAUCUCUGGUCGGAGAUCAAAACGUAGCGUACAAGUAGGUUAGUAGUUUCUCGUGGGAAGAAGACUGCCUGCCUGCUCCGUCUAUCUAGAGGGCUACGGAACCGAGAAUAACCAUGUCCCGAAGAAAACAGAGCAAACCCCGGCAGAUCAAACGCUCCAUCGGUGACCUGGAUGGUGGAGACGAGACCACCCCCGGGGACCUCAGCCUAUCAGGAGAGGAGGGCGGGGCCUCGGACCAGGAAGACUCGGCAGGAGGGGAUGGAUCCAGUCCCCCCCCCUUUGCACCCCUCUACAAUGAAGAGCCCCGGACAAAGGCCCCCAGAGGAUCCCCGGACUAUGAUGAUGACGAUGACGACGGAGACGAUGAAGACGACAACUACUGUGACAAUGCUCACGAGGAGGAAAAGGGCGAGGAGGGCUGCGGUGACGCAGAAGAACCGGACAGGAACCACAGGGAACCCAGAAGGGAUGACCACAAGGUGUCGUGGCGGCGAGCUUCAGAAACAGUGAUAGAAGUGAUUGUGGUUGCCCUCUCCCAUGCCCCUGGCAGAGGAGUCUCCGUGCUCCGAGGAGAUUACACUAAUCUUUUGGCAAAGCGCUGCGACCGCAAGCCUUCGCGUGGAGAGAGAUCCCCUCCUGAAGAUUAG